AUGUCAAGUAGCCAACGUGCAGAAAGCUCCCAUGCAUUUUUCAAGAAAUAUGUUUCGAAGAGAAACUUAUUGAUGGAUUUCAUACUUCGAUUUAAUAGGGCGUUUGCACAUCAACGACACGAAGAGUUAAGGGCUGAUCACGUUGAUACUAAUGAGAAGCCUGUUUUGAAAUUGCCAUUGAAAAUGGAAAAGCAAAUGGCUAAGAUUUACACACGCAAGAUUUUUCUUAAGUUUCAAGAUGAGUUGUGGCAUAGCUUACUAACAAUGCCACAGUUUGUUUGUGAAAAUGCUACACACAAAAUGUAUGUGGUCGAGAGUAGUUCGAAAGAAGGUGUUCGAAGAAUGCGGAAAAUUGCUUAUGAUAAACAUUUGGACUUUGCAUCUUGUACAUGUAAGAAGUUUGAGAGUGAAGGAAUUCCCUGUAGACAUAUAUUGUCAUUCUUGCGACUAGGUAAGAUUGAUUCCAUAGUUAACAACGCGAAGAGUGGAGGCAUUUCCGAAAAAGAUAGCACUGCUCAUGACUAUAAAGCUUUGAAAGACCCUGCUGUGAAGGCAAAUGGGGGAAGGAGAAGGCAAUAA